GCCACUUCACGCCAGCCUGGGUGACAGAGAGAUACUGUGUCUCAAAAAAACAAAAAACAAAAACGAAAAGAAAGACAGAAAAGAAAGCGUGUGGCAUUGCAAACCUGUGAAUCCUCCCUAGAUGUUAAAUGUGUGCUCCCUCUUGGAAUUUGAGAGAAGCAGAGCACCAGCUCAUUAAGUCAAGAAUAUAAGGUUUUAUUCGCCAUGAAUGUCAACAGCAAAGAGGAGAAAUGGGUCCUAGGAACUGUGAAAGGCAAGGGCCGGAACACCACAUACACUAGAAACUUGUAGCCAACUACGUAGUGCUCUAGGUGGAGAGAAUAUUUUUAGAAAGGGGUAUCGGGUGGGAGAUGGGAGGGUCUUUCCUUUUUUUUUCUUCUAGCAAGCCAAGCUCCUGAUAGGAGAUUUGGUGAGGGGUAACGCCAAGCUCCACCCCUUGGGGCUUAGCAACAGCGAAGGGAGAGGCUAAGGAUUGGAGGAUCAGGUUAGCCCACCACUCUGCUCCUCCUGCGCGGUGAGGGGGCGGUACACGCGCCCUACCUCGGAGUGUUUGGCGCCAUGAUGCAGAGAAGAUGGCUUCGUUACAGAAGCUAACGCUUUCUGAAAAAGUGCCGCCAAAUCAUCCCGGUCGGAAAAAGGUUAACUUCCUAGAUAUGUCUCUAGACGACAUUAUAAUCUAUAAAGAGUUAGAAAGGACAAAUGCUAAAGAAGAAAAGAAUAAAAGACAGAACCAUAGUAUAAAGGAAUCGCCUUCAAGACAGCAAUCAAAUGCUCAUAGACAUCGCCAUCGGAGAGGCUACUCAAGAUGCGGAAGCAACUCUGAGGAAGGAAAUCAUGAUAAAAAACCAUCCCAAAAACCUUCUGGAUUCAAGUCUGGACAACACCCUUUAAAUGGGCAGCCUUUAAUUGAGCAGGAGAAGUGCAGUGACAAUUAUGAGGCCCAAGCAGAGAAGAAUCAAGGCCAAUCAGAGGGGAACCAGCAUCAAUCAGAAGGAAAUCCGGACAAAUCAGAAGAAUCUCAGGGCCAACCAGAAGAAAAUCAUCAUUCUGAGCGAUCCCGAAACCACUUAGAGAGAUCUCUUUGUCAGUCAGACAGAUCUCAAGGGCAGCUAAAGAGACGUCAUGCCCAAUAUGAGAGAUCUCAUGGCCAAUACAAGAGAUCUCAUCGUCAAUCUGAGAGAUCUCAUAGCCAAUCAGAGAGAUCUCAUGGUCACUCAGAGAGAUCUCAUGGUCACUCAGAGAGAUCUCAUGGUCACUCAAAGAGAUCUCAUAGCCAGGGAGAUCUUGUGGACACUCAGAGUGAUCUCAUAGCCACUCAGAGAGAUCUCAUAGCCACUCAGAAAGAUCUCAUAGCCACUCAGAGAGAUCUCAUAGCCACUCAGAGAGAUCUCAUAGUCACUCAGAGAGAUCUCGUGGCCACUGAGAGAGAUCUCAUAAUCAGUCGGGGAGAUCUCAUGGCCAAUCAGAAAGACAUCAGAGAUACUCAACAGGUAAAAAUACAAUGACUACUUAAUCAUCAGAACAAUGUGUUGAAUUCUGUGGAAAUAGAAAAGCAUAUAUCUAUAUUCUAAUGGCUAAAUAUGUAUUUGUUGAAACAUGUAUAUUGGGACAAAGACAUAAAUAUUAGAAUGGAGGUAAUACAUACAUGGUAUCAAUAUUGUUUCAACUUGAUGUCCUCUAAGCUAUCAUCCAGUUACCCAAGAUGUCCCAUUAAGUUGUUCCCAGUAGGUCUGCUUUCCCUGGAAGAGCCCUAUGUACUCAGCCUUUCCUGUUGGGCCUUCCCCACAAUUAGAAUAUUUUGACUUAGUGUCCUGUCCCCCUUGGACGUUCCAACUUGACUUAAUGUCCAGUGCCCCUUGGACAUUCCAACCUGGUAGGUAAGCUAAUCUAACAACUAACUGCCAAAUUGAUAAUAUAUAAUCUAUGAUAAUGAAUAUCUCUUUUGUGUCUCCUUCCUAAGCCGUCCUCAGAGAGUCCUUAGCAGACAAAUGGUAGACGUAUCUUUGGGCAGCUUAACUUUUCUGCUUUCCUCAAAUCAGACCAUAUGAGAGGAUAUAUUCUAUGCAUAGAUGUAAUGCUAACCUUCUGAAUAUAUUUUGAAUACAUUUAUAUAUUCACUGUUGCCUUAUAAAACUGUUAAGGUAGGUCUGUCUACCCUAGCAAAAGAAACACAGAAAUUUAAAUGUACUGGGAGUUAUGUUUUUAAAAACACAAGAUAUGUUAACUGCAGUUUGUUUGGUUAUUCAAUAAAAGUUUCAGUUUUAAUUUC